AUGUACGUAUACAAUUCAUUACCUCCUAACCUAGACUUGACACCGGUAUUUGACUCAAAAGAGUUUCGUGGCGCUAUUGCCAAGGCAAUUCGCGGAAUGACAGUGCUCAGUAACUCCGAGUACGUGUCUACCGAGUGGUUUAUUGGAGGUCCGCAGAGCUUGUAUAUAGCUUUUAUCCCAGGGAUUAGUAGUCUCUCCUCAACACAUUAG